AAAAAAAAAAUGCCACGAACAGCUCCAGUGUAGACCCUGCAUCUGUUUGAGUUGUUUUCAAUAUGAUUUUGUUGCUGUCGAUAUAACUUGCAUCGUGAACAUAAUUUGAUUGUGUAAUUGAACUAUAUAUAGAAGGUAACCAAAGAAACUUUCUUCAAGUAGAAGGUAUUUCUAGGACAGUUUGAUUGGGGAUGAACUCACAUUUGUUUGAUUUGGUCUUAAUAUGAUUACAUUAUUGUGGUUAACUUGGUUUAUCUUGCAUUUCGAAUAUAACUUGAUUGUGGUUUGCCUGUGUGUAUCUAUAUGAAGGAUUAUUUAAAUGUGUUUUUAUUUUGUUUUAUGCUUAUAUGUUUGUUAUUUUAAUUUGUUUUUUAAUAUUUUCAUUAUUUUUCAUGGAUAUUAUGUAUUAAACAAUUUUGAUCCCCAAGCUUACAUUUCAACCUUUAAGACCUAUUUGCUGCCUCAUGAUGGGCUCCGCGCCUCGCUUGCCUCAUCACAUUUAGCGAAGUUGGUGGUGCUACUCAUACUUUCAGGCCCUUCAGGGUGACGGAUGGCAGAUGUACACAUCCCAUGCGCCGACUCCUCAGCUUUCGUGUUGCAAAAUCAUGCAUCAUUACUCAGAAACGUUCCUCAUCCGCCGCCUCCGUCCCCAUUUACCAUCCGGGGCACGACCUCCCUUUCUACAACACCACCAUCAUGGAAUUGGCAAGGAACGGCCGUGUAGACGACGCGCGGCUGUUGUUCGAGGAAAUGCCUCAACGAGAUACAAUCACAUGGAAUAGUAUGAUCUCUGGGUACUUCCAAAAUGGAAGAAUAGAUGAAGGCCGGCAGUUGUUUGAUCGGUUCCUUGGCAAGAACGUGCGAACUUGGACCUUGGUUCUCACGGGAUAUGCUCGGAACAGUAGGAUCGACGAUGCUCGAUGUGUUUUUGAAGCAAUGCCUGAGCGAAAUGUUGUUUCAUGGAACGCCAUGUUGACGGCGUAUGUCCAGAAUGGUAAUAUGGACGCUGCACAUAAAUUAUUUGUUGAAAUGCCCGAGAGGAAUGUUGUUUCAUGGAACGCCUUGAUUACUGGGUAUUGUCAUUUUGGUUGCUUCAGGGAGGCUCUGCAUUUGUUUGAACAAAUGCCAGAGAAGAAUUUAGUUUCUUGGACAGCUAUGAUAUCUGGAUUUGUUCACGUAGAGGAGUUUGAUAGAGCCUGGGAUUUGUUUGUGAGGAUGCAUGCAACUGGUGUUAGACCUGAUAGGCCAAAUUUCACGGCAGCGAUUGUGGCUGUCACUGGUUUUACUGAUUUGACAAUGGUUGAACACAUUCGUAGUUUGGCAAUCAAGACCGGAUUUGAGGCAGAUGUGGUAGUGGGAACUGCAAUCCUCAAUGCAUAUACAAAGUGUGGAAUCGGUUUGGAGUCGGCUAUUUCUUUUUUCAAGCACAUGCUGCAGACUAAUGAGUUCACCUGGUCCACCAUGAUUGCUGCUUAUUCUCAGUGUGGCAGAUUAGACGAAGCCUGUGAUCUAUACCAGACAAUUUCAGAGCAGUCAGUGUUCACCCAAACAGCAAUGAUGGCGGGGUAUGCUCAAAAUGGGAGAAUAGAUGAAGCUACAAAGUUAUUCAGACAAAUUCAUAACCCCAAUGUGGUAACCUGGAAUGCCAUAUUGACUGGUUAUAGCCAGAAUGGGAUGUUAGUGGAGGCACGACGAUUGUUUGACAGGAUGCCUCAACGAAAUAUGGCCUCUUGGGCAGCAAUGAUUGCAGGUUAUUCUCAGAAUGGGCAACAUGAAGAAGCUUUGGAGAUUUUUUCCAAGCUUCAUAAAUCGGGUAUGGUGCCUAGCCAUUCAACUUUUACAAGUGCCUUGAAUGCGUGUGCCAAUUGUGAAGCUCUGGAAAUUGGUAGACAGAUACAUUCACUUACAUUCAAGGCAGGGUGUCAUUCUAACUCUUACGUGGGAAAUUGUCUGAUCACAAUGUACGCCAAGUGCAGGAACAUCGAUGAUUUUUCUCGGGUUUUCAGUAGGAUGGCUGUGAGAGAUACUGUGUCAUGGAACUCUUUGAUUGCUGGAUUUUCAUUGAACCAAAUGAUGGAUGACGCUUGCUUUAUCUUUGACAGGAUGCCAAAGCGUGAUGCAGUCUCCUGGACUGCCAUGAUUUCUGCAUAUGUGCAGGGUGGGUAUGACAAAGAAGCUAUGGGGCUCUUCAUUGACAUGCUAGCGGCUGGGACAGAGCCAAACUCAUUAACAUUGACAAGUACUCUAAGCACUUGUUCAAACUUAGGGGCCACCAAGCUGGGAAAACAAAUACAUGGACUAUCUACCAAACUUGGACUAAGUUCUGAUCUCUUUGUGGGAAACGCUCUGAUAUCAAUGUAUUCCAAGUGUGGAAGCAUGGAUGCUUUUGUAAUCUUUAAUGAGAUGCCUGAGCGUGACAUUGUCUCGUGGAAUGCUAUUUUAGCAGGUUGUGCACAACACGGGCUCGGCAGAGAGGCCAUUGAAAUUUACAAACAGAUGCAAAUUGCAGGUGUGCUGCCAGACCGGAUUACCUUUAUAGGGCUGUUAUCGGCUUGUAGUCAUGCUGGUCUUGUUGAUGAAGGAUGGUUCUAUUUCAAUUCAAUGAGCCAAGAUUAUCAAUUAAUGCCUUUAGAAGGUCACUAUGCUUGUAUGGUCGAUCUUCUUGGUCGUGCUGGGAAUUUAUACGAGGCAGAAGAAUUGAUUGAGAGCAUGCCCAUUGAGCCUGAUUCUGUGGUGUGGGGUGCUCUUCUUGGUGCGUGUAGGAUUCACCAAAACAUAGAAUUAGGGCGGAGAGUUGCAGAAAGAUUGUUUGAGUUGGAACCAUGUAAUUCAGGGAAUUACAUACUGUUAUCAAACAUUUACGCUUCUCUGGGAAUGUGGGAUGAGGUAGGAGAAAUAAGGAGGCUGAUGAAAGUGCGAGGUGUAACAAAAGAGCCAGGAUAUAGUUGGAUGCAGGUAAAAGAUAAGAUGCAUGUUUUUCUUACCGGAGAUACUCGGCAUGAGCAGAUUAAGGAGAUACAUUUGAAGUUGAAGGAAUUGUAUGAUGAACUAAAAGGAGUUGGCUAUGUUAUAGAUACCAAUUUUGUUCUCCAUGAUAUGGAGAUAGAACAGAAGGAGAAUGCACUUCUGUACCACAGUGAGAAAUUGGCAAUUGCUUAUGGGCUGCUAAGUACAGCAGAUGGCAUCCCAAUUCAGAUAAUGAAGAACCUUCGUGUUUGUGGUGAUUGCCACACAUUCAUGAAGCUAGUCUCAAGGAUUAUAGGGAGGGAGAUUAACAUGAGGGACGGGAGCCGAUUUCACCAUUUCCAGAAUGGCGCUUGCUCCUGCAGGGAUUACUGGUGACACCUCCCUCUGUAGCAUUCCGUUGGAUUGCUACCAGAUGACUUUAGAAGUUGGACUUCUGCUAGUCCACCAGGUGACGCACUUUGUAGGUUUUUAUUGGGGCUGUGGCGCAAGAUGGGAUCAUAAGAUGAUGAUUCUCAAUUGUGGAGGUGCUCCAUGUAGUUUCUGAUCAGGGUUACUGCAUCGUUAAAGAUGCAUCUGCUUGCUGUAGUUCAUAGCAAUGGAUAAUUAGCUUCUAAACUUUGGAAGCUGUUGAUAAUCUCUGGCAAGGAUGUCUUGGGUCACAGAAAUUUGCAUGUGCUGAGUGACUUAACAGAUUUAUAGUUCCAAUGAGAUGCCAAAGAAUGACUUGAAUGUGUAUGAUGAUGGCUUGGGUCACAGAACUUUGCAUGUGCUGAGUGACCAACAGAUUUAUAAUUUUGUAGUUCCAAUGAGAGACGCCAAAGAAUGAUUUGAGUGUGGACGUUGAUGUGCCAGAAAUUGUCACAAACCAACUAGAAGCCGUGCCCGUCUCCCAGCAAGUUUGGGGGGAAGCUACCAUAGCUGAUCGCAGGGCUGAAUUAUUUAGAGCUGCGUUACCUUGUGCCAUAUAUACAUAUACAAAUCAAAUUAACACAGUACCCACAGUAGAUAAACUUUCCGGUGCAUACAUGAAGCAGAGUUGAUUUCCUGAAUUGCAGUUCCUCCACGACUAUGAUUAAAGGGUACGGAAGACCGAGUAAAGACUUCUCAAGUCGUUUGGACUUUUUUCAAACGUUAAUGGAACAUAUCCUAGUGGAAUCAUCCUUCUUUCUCUUUCUUUCUUUCUUUGUUUUGUUUGGGCCCGUUCGGAUGGCCCUAUGCUCAAAUGUAACUUUCCAAAAUGCGGGAAAAAAAUUGGAAGAAAAAAGAUGGUUGCAACUAUAAUUAUACUCCGAUUUAUGGCA